AUGCUGUGUGGGCGGAGCUUAUGAACAGAAAAUAACGGCGGUCUUCAGAUUGUGUCCACUGGCCUUUUUAGUCCCGGUUCGCUGCAUCCUAACGGAGCAUUUCAUCUUUCCUUAAAUCAUAAAAAUAAUCAAUUUCAGGUGCUGCCUCCAGGAUGGCGAUGGUGAAGAGCGGUUGGCUCCAUCGACAGAGCACUAUCCUGCGCCGCUGGAAAAGAAACUGGUUGGACUUGUGGGCCGACGGACGUCUCAUGAUCUACAACGAUCAACAAAGGCCUGACAUGGAGGACGACAUCCACAUGAGGGUCGACUGCAUCAACAUCCGCAACUCAGCCGCGUGUCAAGGUAAAGAGCUGAACCCUCCGGAGGGAAAGACCCGGGACACCCUGCUGCAGAUCGUGUGCAGAGAUGGUCGAGUUAUCAGCCUGUGUGCGGACAGUGCUGAUGAUGCUCUGGCCUGGACCAUGGCGCUGCAGGAUGCCAGAAUUAAUGCGGUGGUAGCUACUCCUCAAAUUGGAUUUGCACAGGAAGCAAUAGCCUCUGCUCCUCCCCCUUACUCAGAAUAUGCUCCCCCAGCUCAGGUUUAUUCUCUGGGCCCAUACAGAGAAUAUGUUCCAUCUCCACCUCAGGCCACACAGAUCAUGUACUCUGCUGACGGACAGCCCGACGCUGUGGCUUAUCCUUACCAGUAUCAAGGUGGGUACGCCGCCCCCGGGGUGAACCACGUGGUGAUCCGGGAGCAUCAGCGCGAGGACGGAGGAGCAUUGGGAAUGCUUGCCGGAGCAGUGACAGGUUUGGCGCUCGGCUCUCUCUUCGUCUUCUGAAGUUUCUUUACCGCUCUCCGUGUUUCUGCUUCUUCUUCUUCUCUGUGCCGUCACAUGAGCCGGAGUGAAAUGUGUCUGUGGGGCUACAUCCAUCAAUGAAGCAUGAUUGUGAUUGGCGGUGAAUUACUCCCUCUGUGUCCUAUAUAUACAAAUAUUUAAAGUCAAUACUGUUAGCACUUUUUCAUAAGCCCCACCCCCUUUGUGUUGUCUGAAUAUGAAUGUUAUUAACCAAAAAACACAACAAUUACUCGCUUUUAAAGGACAGAAAACACACAACUUUCAGAUCCUCACACAUUUCUACUUCAUAUAUGCAGAUUUAUCUUAAUUUUUUACCGUUAUGUUUUUAUGCUGCUCCGUGUACUGUACCUUCACUUUGUUUGUUGUGUGUUUUGAAUAUGCAGUGUUUCUUCAACUCCUCAGGUUAUUUGUGUUUGAGGUAGGCUGAGAUGAGAGGUGUGAACAGAAGAUUGAACAGUAUGUGAAACCCUUUUAACUUUGAACCCUUUUCACUCCUGGCCAAUAAUGAGUGGACUCCUAAUUUUCACCGAUCAAAGUUACCAUAUCUGUAAUGAGUUUACAUAAAAGUCAACAGUAGAAGCUUGUACGUUAUAGCUGCAGAUAUCUACUUGGAACUAUUUGACAUAUGAGACAUUCAUUUUUGUUUUAUUAAAUCAGAUUGCUCUCACUAAAAUUGACUAUAUGAAGGAUAUGUUUGCAUGGAGUUCUGCCCAAUUAAAGAACAUUUCAAUUUCUACUUGAA